UUGCUCCCUGGCUGGCUCCUCUCUCUCCCUCGCAGUCGGCCGCUGCUGCCUGCCUGUCGCCGGGGCUGGGAGAGCCUGAGAGAGCGUGUGUGUGUUAUGUGAGUGACGCGGCGGAGGUGUAGUUUGACGCGGUGUGUUACGUGGGGGAGAGAAUAAAACUGCGGCGAGAGCCUAGGCGCGAACGAAAGCAGUGACGGAGCAGCCUGUAGCCGAUAACUAAAUGACCAUGGAAUCUGGUGCAGACAACCAACAGAGUGGAGAUGCAGCUGUUACAGAGGCAGAAAAUCAACAGAUGACUGUACCGGCACAACCACAAAUUGCAACAUUGGCCCAGGUAUCUAUGCCAGCAGCUCAUGCAACAUCUUCUGCUCCCACUGUGACCUUAGUGCAAUUGCCUAAUGGACAGACAGUUCAAGUCCAUGGUGUUAUUCAGGCUGCCCAGCCCUCAGUUAUUCAGUCUCCACAAGUCCAGACAGUUCAGAUCUCCACUAUUGCAGAAAGUGAAGAUUCACAGGAAUCUGUGGACAGUGUCACAGACUCCCAGAAACGAAGGGAAAUUCUUUCUAGGCGACCUUCCUACAGGAAAAUAUUGAAUGAUUUGUCCUCAGAUGCCCCAGGAGUGCCAAGAAUUGAAGAAGAAAAGUCUGAAGAGGAAGCAACAGCACCUGCUAUUACUACUGUCACAGUGCCAACUCCAAUUUAUCAAACAAGCAGUGGGCAAUACAGGACUGGUGUUGCUGAUAUCCAUCAUCAAUAUGGCAAUGCUGUGCAUGCAGUUGCUAUCACCCAGGGAGGUGCAAUCCAGUUAGCAAACAAUGGCACAGAUGGAGUCCAGGGCCUGCAGACUCUAACCAUGACCAAUGCAGCUGCAACCCAGCCUGGUACCACUAUUUUACAGUAUGCACAGACUACUGAUGGACAACAAAUUCUGGUACCCAGCAACCAAGUAGUGGUACAAGCUGCUUCAGGAGAUGUUCAGACCUACCAAAUUCGCACAGCACCCACAAGCACUAUUGCACCUGGUGUCGUCAUGGCAUCCUCCCCAGCUCUUCCCACCCAACCAGCAGAAGAAGCAGCACGAAAAAGAGAAGUCCGUCUAAUGAAAAACAGGGAAGCAGCACGUGAGUGCCGCAGGAAGAAAAAAGAAUAUGUCAAAUGUCUAGAAAACAGAGUAGCUGUGCUUGAAAACCAAAACAAGACAUUGAUUGAAGAACUAAAAGCACUUAAGGACCUUUAUUGUCACAAAUCGGAUUAAUUUUAGUUCCCCAUUUUUGGUUUGUUAAUGGGGGGAAAAACUGGUUUGGUGACAGCCAAACAGACAAAAUGAACUUUUUAUUUUCUAAGCAUUUCUUCUUUUUUUUUUACAUACACAACUGUCUGAAAGCAACUACGGAAUUUGAUUCAUCUGUGCUUGGCAUUAAACUGUGAAUGUUGAACACCUGCCUUCACUUCUUCCCCUCCUGAAAUCAGUUUCAUCACAGUACACCUGAUUCUGAAGAAAAAGAACAAAUGUCCUCUUCAAGAAUUAAUAAUCUUCAUUUGUGAAGUUACUGGAGUUGGGGGUUUCUUACAGUAAUUUCAAGAGUCAGCAUAAGCGCAUCUGAAUGCCUAUAUGAGAGUCACCCUGGACUUCUGCCCUGAAGUACUCAGUGGACCACAUAUAUAACCAAGGUAUGAUGCAUUGAGGCGGCUGUGGUUGUCAAAUUAUUGCAUAAUUUCAAAUAUAUGUUAGCAGUUGUACAGUUACAGCUAUAUGGUGGGAUGAUGCCAAAGGAGAUGUAUUCCAGGUAUACAGCCAUAGAGGAAUAGGAGUGAACUGAAGAAAUUGAGGAGGCAAGUUGGACAGUUAUGAACACAAUCCAUGUUUUGGCACAACAAACAGUUUCCCUUAUUUUCCAUAAUGUUUUAAUAAGUUUCAUGUAUCAGACUUCUGAAUUCAAAUGAAAACUAUUACCUUUCAUAUUUGGUUGGGAUAUGAAGUGGUAGGAAGCAGUAGUGUAGUAUGUGUUUAAGAUGGGAACAUAAUAAUACAUUCACUACUCUUUCAUUUUGCUAUAUCCAAAAGCAAAAUUACCAAGAUAACAAUCAGUAGUAUAGUUAGCAUAAUACAUACUUUGGGUAAAGAAAAGGAAACUUACAGCUGCCCUAAUUAUAUCAUGCAAGUAAUUCUGAAACUUUACCUCUUUCAAGAUUUUUAACUUCUCUUGUUUUGCUUAAAAUCUCCUUUGAUAGAGUAUCUUUAAAAAGGAGUAAAUUCAUUCUCUGUUGCAUGAUCUGCAUCUGUACUGUGGAUAUGAUAAAGAAUUUUUUUUUUUUGGCUAAAAUCCUACCUAUUGUUAUAUUCAGAUGCUGUUAAAUUUAUCCAGUGGACACCUUUAUCAAACAUAUCUAAUGUACAACUCAUUUAAGUCGACUGAUAUGAAUAUGACUCCAUAUAACAUAAGGUUUUAAUAAUUAUAUACACAUAAAGUUGCCAUAGGCAAAGAUUUUAAUCAGAUUUUGCAGGAGCAAAUAUAACUGCACCAUGAGUGUAGCAAAUCUUUUGAAAUCAUUAGAAUUUAUUCGAUCAAAAAAGUAUAUCCUGGAGUUGGUAGGAGCUGAGAUUGGCAUUAAAGUCAGAAUGGGAUCGUGUGGAGAAAAAUGUCUAAUCCCAGUCAUUAUUUCAAUGUAUAUAUAUACAAGCUAUUAAACUUACUUAGUAGCUGUUCUGAAAGAUAAAAUACCAUGGUAUAUUGGGGAGAAUUGAUCAGGUGCAUUUAACAUUGUACAAUAUUUAGGGGCUAAAUCAUUUUUAAAAGCAUUUUUUCCAUGAAAAUUAAAAACAAAAAAAUAAUCUUUUUUAUAUAGGGACAAAUAAACUUAAAAGUUUUUUUUCAUUUGUUUAUGGGGUAAGUCAAAACCAAUUUAGAAAAGAUAAAUUUUCCACUCACCUUUUAAUUUGCUAGGCAAACUUGCAUAUCCUACUGGCAUAGAAAAUAGACACCUGAACAUUUGUGUAACAUAUUUAUAUAUGGAUUGUGAUCUUUCACAAAUUGAAUGAGACAGAAUGGAAGCAUAUAAAUUAAUAAUUAAGUGCUGCUAUUCUGAAAACUUCAUUUUCCCACAUCUUUAAAAAACAAAGAUUCUAGCAAAGAUUUGGGAGUAUAUUAUAGAGAGCUGAAAUCCACAAUUUGUAGCUGCAUUGUGAAGUUUGUCCCCCUGUCCCUGAAAAUAUGGUAGAAUCAUGAACUCACUGAUUUUGCAGAAGUCAUUCUUGUAACACUGCUGUCAUGGUAUGUGGUAUUUUUUUCUUUGGAUAAUUUUGAAAAAGUAUCUCGUAAACCUGGCUGUUCUGGGGUCACAUAAAUGGGUUAACUUGUAUAAAAAUUAUGCAAUAAUCUAAGAUUUGUUUUAAAAAGUUAAGUAUUUGAAAAGCAACCACCAUAACUCUCUCCACUAUUUUGACAUCAUUUGUAAUUAUUGGGUCUGAUUGUAUUUCAGCAGACAAGCCACCAGCGGAAUGGGUUAUUUGGGGGCUAGGUAAGCUUUUAAGUGCUCUAUGAAAGAGCUCAAAAGCACUCUGUGUGCUCUAUGAAAAAAGUGCUCUGAAAAAGUGCUCUAUGAAAGAGGCUAAAUGUAGAUCACUUGUACUAUCACAGGAUCUGUUGUACUGGGUCUAUAGUAAAUAUAGAAUUUACAUUCUGAGAUUUUUCACCAGCAAUAAAACAAGAUUUCAGUCCAUUUUAUUUAUCCUGUACCAGGUUACUUAGGCAUCUGGCAUUCCGUAUGUAAUUUGAAUUAUGUUUUAAUUUCCCAAGAAUAGAGCAGGUUGGUUCCAUAUGUGCUUUGCAAGUAAUAGCCAAAAUGAACAGAAGAUAGUGCUGAAAAACCAACCCUCAGUUUGUAUAUUGCUAAUUUAUUAAUAAAUUUAUUGAAUAGUUAGUUUCUAUUGUACACUUGGCCCCUUUGCUGCAUAACAGAAAUUUUGUUGAGUUUGUUGACAGGUUUAACUAAAACAACUGGCAUAGAAAGGGCUAGCUCCAUUAUAGUCAUCGUACAUAGAAUUGAUUUGAAGUACAGUUUCUAUAUUUUACAAAAAAAAAAAAAAAGCAUUAUUCAGGCAGUACAAAUAUUGCCUGAGGUGCUCUUCUAAAAGAUAUUCUUGGAAAGGUUUGUGUAUAAAGUAUGUACAUAUAUAAAAUAUAUAUACACAGUAUAUAAUCUAUAGCUCUGAGAGCUUUUAAGUCAGGAAUGCUGAAUAUUAUAGUAUAUUGAGGUCAGAAAAAAUAGUCUGUAUGUGUGCAGAUACAUGCUUAUUGUUUCUUCUCUCUUCCACCCCCCACCCCAAAUAUUUUGAGCUAUAUUAUUCUGGCGCUUACUGAUAUGUUGUACUGUUGUUUACUUACCCAUUUUCAGUUUAUUUCACUGCAGUUUGUAUUUGUUAUGAUGGUGAAUUAUGAAGUGAUAGCAACUGUUUAAAGCUCCUCUUGUUCCCAAGUUCCUCACUUUGUGCUUUGUCUGUUGGGCAGCUAUUCAUUUAAGGCAAAAACAAUUGGAAAACUUUUGGGUUAUAUGGAGGGAACAAAAGAGAAAAAGGGUUGCUCAGUAUUUUAUUUGUGUAAUUUUACUCUACACUUGAGCAACUUGUAAAUGCAUUGUAACUUGAAUUUGAAAGCACACUUCUACUCAGAUUAAGUUUGGUAACUGUACAAUAUGUCUGUUCUGGAAUCUGCAAUGUUCUGUAAAACUAAACCAGUAUAAAAUUACAUAAUGACAGCUAUAUCAUUUUAUAAAAGAGGAGAGCUUUCAGCAUAAUUAUAACUAAGAACUGAAAUACAUGAUCAGCAGAUACAUAUGUUUAUUGUGGACAUGCACCAUUGGGAUGCUUCAGGGAUGUUUGUUCAUGCACAUUAAAAAAACUAGCAUGUUAAAUGAGAGAGAUGCUUUCUACUUCUGACAUUUAAUGUGUGGGAAUAUUCUCUUUACACAAAGAUGCAAAUUUUCUACUUGUAGCCUGAAGAGGAAUGGCUCAGCAGCAGAUACAUCUGAGUGUAUUAAUGUGACUUUAAUGUGCUCCUCCUUAUGGCAGGCUUAAUAUCUGUAUGCUUGGAUCUCAUUACUCAAUGGACUCUUGUGAUAAUCCUAAGAGACAGCUGUUUUUCAGAGGCAUCUGCACAAGGCAAUACCAAAGAUUUAGAUCUCAAGUUAGGGGGAUUCCAAUAAGAGAGGCUAAUAUUUAAUUGUAAGAAUACAGGUAGUCCUUGACUUACGGCCACAAUUGGGACCAGCAUCUCCAUUGCUAAGCAAUGUGG